AGAGGUAGAAACGACCGGAAGUUUACAUGUUUUUGCCAAACAAAAACUGAGCUAACACUUUUAUUCGGUUUUCCCCAACCUUUGACGAUAAGUAUCUGCUUGAAACAUACAUAAAGGAAAAUGGUUUGUGACAAGUGCGAGACGAAGCUCGGUAAAGUGAUCACACCUGACACCUGGAAGGACGGAGCACGGAAUACAACAGAGGGUGGUGGGCGAAAGCUCAAUGAAAACAAGAUCCUUACUUCCAAGAAAGCCAGGUUUGACCCGUACAGCAAGACGGGUUUUGCAACCUGCAGGAUCUGCAGAAGCUCAGUUCAUCAGCAUGGAUCACACUACUGCCAGGGCUGUGCGUACAAGAAAGGAAUCUGUGCAAUGUGUGGAAAGAAAGUUUUGGACACCAAAAACUACAGACAGACAUCUGUGUGACAGCGUGCCGAACAGACAACAGUACGACGAGUGAAUAACAGAUGUGAGGAUGACACGGAAGUGUAUGUUUUUGAGUAAGCUUCCACAAUAUCGUGCUCAACAUACAGCCAUAAGUCUUUUAUGUUAUUUUUCCCACCUUUUGUGAAAGAAAGAGAUUUGGAGCUGGCUUUGCCCUCUUAUUACAAAAUAUCAUAUAAUGCCACUGGAACUAUUACAGUGGCCGUACACAGGGAAGCACCUUUGUAUCCAAAUAAACCACCGGUCAUCACCUGUUACUCUACUAGAGGCUUAUAGAUUUCUUUGUAUAUUUUAAAUUCAGGCGUUAUAUAUAUUUUCUUUCAAACAUAGGUUGAUUUCUGUAUGUGAUGUAUCAAGUGUGGCAUUUUUGAUUGAAUUAAAGCAUUCAAUAUAAAAUACA